AUGAGAAGCCUCCUGACUACACAGAACCAGAAUUGUUACCGUGAGUUGAUCAUGAAGGAGGCCUACACCAGGCUAGCGUGGAAAAUGAGAUACGGUAAGGACUAUCCGAUGAGCUUCACUUCUCAUCGGGCCAAGGCUCAGGGCCUUCCUCAGCUGACUGUUCCCAAACCCGUCCUGCCUCCUCUGGUCAACCUGCCUGAGGGGAAGCGAGCACCCUCCCCUAAAGUAAAGCCGCACCUCAGCGAGGCCCCACUGAUGCGACCUGUUACACCUGAGACCAGGGAAGCACUCUACCAGGGCUUCUCCAAAGAGGGGAAGGGCCGCCACCUCUACCUGCGGCAUCGUGCACUGAAGGGUCCAGACGAGAGGUUUGACUACCCGAUACUGUCCUCCUGGGACUACGGCUGGAGACUUGGUAAGGGAAAGCAUAGCAAAUAG